GAAGUCUUGGCAUUCCGCCUUCUAUUGGUAUGGCCAAGAAGAAGAGGGCGGGGUGGCCGGCUUAGGCCGCCCAAUGGGCGUCGUGGCGUGUGAGUAAGGCGGAGCCGAGGCGCUUGGCAGCUGCCCAAUCAGCGUCCUUGUUUGUGUGGUGCCGCCGCCGGUGCAGCCGCCGCCGCCGCCGCUGCCCCCGUCUGUACCGCAGUGUCUGCUCCGCCCGCCUGCCCGGGUCCGGCCCGCCCCCCUCCCCCACCCCCGCCCCCGGUCCCUUUAGUUGGGUACUGAUCCCACUGUGCCGUCGCCUCUUCCUUUUUCGACGCCUCCGCCGUCGCUUGAGGAGGCGAGCAAGCCGGGAGUUACACUGCCACCGCCAGAGACAGAGUCUCACUUAACUACCCUCGGUAGAGUGCCAUGAUGUCACAGGACUCACAGCAACCUCCAGCUCUUGGGCUUUCGCGAUUCUCCUGCCUCAGCCUCCCGAGCAGCUGGGACUACACAGCGCCACAACGCCCAGCUAUUUUUUGGUUGCAGUUCAGCCAGGGCUGGGUUUGAACCUGCCACCUUCGGUAUAUGGGGCCUGCGCCCUACUCACUGAGCCACAGGCGCCACCCAGAGAACUGUUUACUUUGUAAACACUUAAAUCUGUUGAUGGUGGGAAACUGAAGAGGCCUGACCACUUCGAUGGAUAGAAUGACAGAAGAUGCUCUUCGCCUGAAUUUGCUAAAGAGGAGUUUGGACCCAGCAGAUGAGCGAGAUGAUGUCCUAGCAAAGCGACUCAAAAUGGAGGGGCAUGAAGCCAUGGAACGUCUGAAAAUGUUGGCACUGCUCAAGAGAAAGGAUUUGGCAAAUCUUGAGGUGCCACAUGAGUUACCCACCAAACAGGAUGGCAGUGGUAUCAAGGGCUAUGAAGAAAAACUCAAUGGGAAUCUCAGGCCUCAUGGAGACAAUAGGACUGCUGGAAGGCCAGGCAAAGAAAACAUCAUCGAUGAGCCUGUGGAUAUGAGUGCUCGCCGGAGUGAGCUAGACCGAGGAAGGCUAACUCCCUCUCCGGACAUCAUUGUUUUAUCUGACAAUGAGGCUUCCAGUCCCCGUUCCAGCUCCAGAAUGGAAGAAAGACUCAAAGCAGCCAACCUAGAGAUGUUUAAGGGGAAAGGCAUUGAGGAACGGCAGCAGCUUAUCAAGCAACUGAGGGAUGAGCUACGAUUGGAAGAAGCUCGACUGGUGCUGUUAAAGAAACUGAGACAGAGUCAGCUACAGAAAGAGAAUGUGGUCCAGAAGACUCCAGUUGUUCAGAAUGCAGCAUCUAUUGUUCAACCAUCUCCUGCCCAUGUGGGACAACAGGGCCUAGCCAAGCUUCCCUCCCGGCCUGGGGCCCAAGGGGUUGAACCUCAAAAUCUGAGAACAUUACAGGGUCAUAGUGUCAUCCGUUCAGCAACCAAUACCACCCUCCCACACAUGUUGAUGUCUCAACGUGUUAUUGCACCAAACCCAGCCCAGCUACAGGGUCAGCGGGGCCCACCUAAGCCUGGCCUGGUACGCACCACGACACCCAACAUGAAUCCUGCCAUUAAUUACCAACCGCAGUCAAGUUCUUCUGUUCCCUGUCAGCGCACAACAUCGUCCGCCAUCUAUAUGAACCUUGCCUCUCAUAUCCAGCCAGGGACUGUGAACAGAGUGUCAUCACCACUUCCUAGUCCCAGCGCCAUGACCGAUGCUGCCAACUCACAGGCUGCAGCCAAAUUAGCUCUUCGCAAACAGCUGGAAAAGACACUCCUGGAGAUCCCACCCCCUAAACCUCCUGCUCCCUUGCUUCACUUUCUGCCUAGUGCAGCGAAUAGUGAAUUCAUCUACAUGGUAGGCUUGGAAGAAGUUGUGCAGAGUGUCAUUGACAGCCAAGGCAAAAGCUGUGCCUCACUUCUGCGGGUUGAACCCUUUGUAUGUGCCCAGUGCCGCACAGACUUCACCCCUCACUGGAAGCAAGAAAAGAAUGGUAAGAUUCUGUGUGAACAGUGUAUGACCUCCAACCAGAAGAAGGCUCUAAAAGCUGAACACACCAACCGGCUGAAAAAUGCUUUUGUUAAAGCCCUACAGCAGGAACAGGAAAUUGAACAGCGACUACAGCAACAGGCAGCCCUCUCCCCCACCACGGCUCCAGCUGUGUCCAGUGUCAGUAAACAAGAGAACAUCAUGAGACAUCAUACACUUCGGCAGGCUCCACAGCCCCAGGGCAGUCUCCAGCGUGGCAUACCCACAUCUGCUCGCUCCAUGCUUUCAAACUUUGCACAGGCACCCCAACUGUCUGUGCCAGGUGGCCUCCUUGGUAUGCCAGGUGUCAACAUUGCAUACUUGAAUACUGGCAUUGGAGGACACAAAGCCCCCAGUUUGGCUGACCGACAGCGUGAAUACCUUUUAGACAUGAUCCCUCCCCGGUCUAUAUCGCAGUCCAUCAGUGGACAGAAAUAACGCCUGUUCCACUUGUACUGCCCCAACCUUGAAUCCUUUCCCCCUUUCCUCUCCCAUUCCCCCAACUUCCGUCGCAUGCAGUGCCUGUACUGGUGCCUACCAUACACGGAAAGAAAAACAGAAGACAAAAAAUAGAAAUCAACAAGAAAACAUACGCCCUGCCCCACCACCUCCCCUUUAACUCACACUGCUGCAAUCUGUUCUUCUGCCACUCUCUUCUCUCUUCAAUAACGGUGAGGUGGAUCUCUACCUUUGACAGAAGUCAGAAUGAGGUCCUGGGGAGAAUCUAAGCCCUCCAAUGUGUGUUUCUAAAGUUUGUUUUAUUCUAUAAUUACUGUCAUUUCUAAUGAUGUUAUGUGUCUUCCCUUUGUUCAGUGGAUGGUUAAACCUUCCUCCUGCCCCAGUCUUUUUCUUUUCUUUGCUUUCUUCCUUCUUCCCCCGAUAAACACAGAUGAUAUUCAGUUCAUGAUAGGAGCAUUGCAGAUUGCAGUAGAGACCCCAACUGCCAAGUGGAACAUAACUGGGAGUAUUAUGGGCAGAUGUUUCAAAUGCACUUAACAGGGGGAGGGGUGGGUAGCGUCACAUAAGGAAGAAUAGCACCGCAACUGCAGGUGUUCAGGGGCUGAAAAGUUUGGGAGGCAGUGUAUAGUAUUGAAGUUGGGCUCUAAGAAUGAGGGGAAAGAGCCUGGAGGGAGAAGCUUUAAAACUCAACCACCCUGGAAUUUACCCGUGGAGGAAGGCAAGAAGGAGGGUGUGAUAAUGAGCAGAAUGGUGAGCCAGGGAAGACUGAGACCAGGUUCUGCCUUCUGGAUGUGGGGGGUGGGGGUAAGAUUGGUCUCUUGACCCGCCGUGGGGACACAGAAGUCUAUUCCAGGCCAACUAAGCUUGAAAUUAUUUUAUUUUCUUUGUAAAGUUCUUCCCCACCCUAUCCCCUUUUUUUAUCCCCCUUUUAAAAAUUCUAAUCUAUCUCCUCUAGUCAUAGCCCCAUCUAUAGUAUAGAGGAAUGACUGUUCCCAGGCUGUUUGCCAGGUACCUAAAAGUUAGAACAGGCAUGAAUAGAAGAAGGGAUUUCUCUGCUAGCAAUUGAGAUUUUCACAUUUGUCUAUCCCUUCAUCCUCCUACUCCCGGGAGUUGAGGAUAAAGCACUUAAUCAACUUGGAGUCCUGCCCCAGUGCUGCUGCACUGACCACAGAACCAGCUGUGCAAAGCCCGACAGCUCGUGUCAUAACCACCUUAGGACCUAUGCUAUACAAGCAGUUGUCAUUUUUUCUCCCCCAGAAUUCUAUUAAUUUUGCUUUUUCUUUUCUUUCUUUUUGUAGUGCUACUAAUGCAGAGAAUGAAUUGAAUUGUGCAAUGUUGCAGUUCUGGGGACUGGGGAGAUUAGCAUCCCAUUCGCCCACACUGUGGGGGAAAGAGCCCAGGGCUGUUUUUGAGGUAAGAGAAGGCCCUUACAGGUGCAGGGUCUGUGCACUCCUCAGUGUACCCCACCUGUCUCUCUAGCUCUAGGAGCUGCCAGAGUACAUAGAGGGGGGGGAUAUUCUCAGCAGAGAGGUAGGAGGAGGAGUUUAGUAUUUUGACCUUGAAAGCCACCUAAGGAAUUUUCCCCACUUUUAUUUUUUAAAAUUAAAUGAUUUUUUUAAAGAAGGCACUUUUAAAAUUAACACACACAAACUGCACAUCUUCCCUAUAAAAUUUGGAGGUGGGAGAAGGAGCUAAAUUCAGGCUCAGUUCCCCCAUUCCAGCCCUACUCCCUACACCUCUAUGCCACUGUGGGUGAUUAUACUGGCCCUACGGGCCUUCCUGGCUUUUUUUUUUUUCCCUUCCUCCCUUUUCUGAAAUUCAUUGAGCACUUAAUAAAGGAGCAAAGAUUCAGGCAGUGUCUGGGCUCCCCCGGUGGUGAAAUGAUCCGGAAGAUAGAUGCUAGUCACAGGUAGUGAUCGGGUCUUUUCGAGUAUUUUUCUGGGGAAUGUGGUACCACUGACUAUAAGUGGUGGGAGAGGGGAGGGGGGUUAAUGGAACUGUAUUUGGGAUUAUUUUAAAAUUAUAUAUAUAUAUAUAUAUAUAAAGAUAUAUUCUUACAUCUUUUCUUUAACCUCUGUGCUUUGAAAGCACUAGAUAAAUGGUUUGGUUUUGCUUUUCUCUCUUCCACAAAAUUGGAAGUUUGGGUUUUUUUUUUUAAUGUUUUCUCUAUAAGUCAUCUUGCCUUGUGGCAUGUCUGUCUCCCCUCUCCUCCCCACCCUCAUGAUGAAGUGCCAUUUCUGUUAUGUCUCCCUCCCCCAGCUCAGUGGUGCCCAGAGGUACAAGGUGCCCAAGUUUGUCAGUUGAGAUUAAAAGUAAGAAACAGAAUGUGCAAUACCGUCUGGCUGGGGGCUGUCCCUGCCCUGAGCUGAGUCCCUUCCCUGGAAGCCAGGCCACCUUGAUUGGGGUUUGGAAGUAAGAUAGGAGGAGAUAGGGAAUGAUGGGAAGGAAAGCCCAUAGUCCCAGGCCUCAGGGGAGAAGGUGGGGUUUUCUGGUUUUUAUCCCCUCAGGGUCGUUACAUAGAAGCUGCUCGCUGGCUAGCAUAGUUCUGUGACCCUUUUACAAUCGCUGAGGUUUGAUUUCUUACCUCUCUCCUCAUUUUCAUACCUUUACUAGGGCUUAGUGGUGGAGGUGAGGCCUCCCUAAUCAUGGUAAAGUAUUAGCCUUCCACCUCCUCCCUCCCCUCCCUCUCUCUCCUUGGUUCUCUAUUUUUUCAUCACUGAUUGCCUUGUGUCCCUCCAAGUCUGUUUCUACUGUCCAUCCCCAGCCUUGGGCUCUGUAGACACUAAACUUCAUGCCCUAAGAAUUGGAGGGAAGACCCUCUGUUUGGAGAGUUGUCCUUUACCAUUGGGACUCUGAAGUUCAAGGUAUUAAUAGAAUGAGGAUCUUGCCAAUUCUGCCUGGCUUCCUCCUUCCCCAGAGGCACUAAAAGUAAUAGUUUGUGGACAGUGUCUUCCUUCUGAGAAGCUUGAAAACAGGAGGGUUAGUUAGUAGUAAGGCUUAGCUAAAACUGGGGGACAGGGGUUCUUUGUUUUAUUUUGUCAUUUGACCACAUUAUCUGGACUCCCUCCAUCCCUGGAAUAAGUAUUUUCCCCACAUUUUUGGAUAUAUGUAUGGUAGACGAUUUUUUUUUUUAAGACAGAGAUAAAUAUUUUCCUGCUUUGGUUACCUUUCCUUUCCCCCUUAAAAGGAAUUAGCUAUAGAACUGCUUUGUAAAGAUGCUUCUUGAUAUUUUACUUUUGUUCCUUUUCCCCAACCAUUCCCCUUUCUCCCCACUCCUCCAGAAGGCAUAACCCUUCUCUCCACACCCCUACCCCCAGCCCAACCCUAAGCUCCCUUCCCCCCCUCCAUCAAGACCUUCAUUAGCUUAUGAUAUUUGCUGCCGAGAUGUUAUAACAAGGACUCAUUCGUGUAUAUAAGCUAUUUCUUGAUCCAUUUAAAAGGAAUUGUACAUUGUGUAGAAAAAAAACCUGAAAAAGAGAAAAAAAAGCCCUAGCCAUGGAUAUUGUGAAACUGUGUUAAUGUCAUUUUGUAAUGUGCCCGUUUGUGUAUGAUCCGUGCAAAAGGGUUUCUGGGGAAGGGGAGGGGAUAGGGAGGCAGGGAUGUGGAGGGUGGUUAGGGGAGUGGGCCAUGCCCAGCACACUGAGACUGGCAGCUGCUCCAACCCCAUCCCUCCUUAGAGAUGCCACCUCCCCCACCACCCACCCCUAAUUUGUGCCUUGCCUCCCCACCCUGGAGUAGUCCCUCCAGGUCACCAGCACUGCCUUGGCAGAGCCCACUCCCUACCCUAACCUGCCCACCCUCCCUGCCCCCCAGCAUUAGAUUGAUACUGUGGGGGAAGUGCUGGAGGGUGGGAGGUAGCCGAGGAAUGGGGCAGUUCCUGGGGGCAUUGAAACCAAGUAUUAUGAAUUGUAAUUGUAUUUGCACUGUUUUUUUCCCUCUGAUUGCAUCAGCAUAUAUACAAUAUACCUAUAUAACAAAA